AUGCCGCCACCAAAGCCCAAGAAGCUCACCGCGCAGCCUGUGCGCACGCGCCAAUUCGCCGGAAAGCCUGCAGUCGCCGAACCCGAGGAGCAGUCGAGUUCAGAGUCGGAACCAGACGACGAGCAGCAGCCACAGCCCAAACCUUUUGCGAAGCCAAAACCCGCGCCGAUUGCGUCGUCGUUUCCCAAAUCAGCACUCAAGUCGAGGAUUGCGUCAAGGCAGAAGGAUGAGGCUGCGCGCAAGGCAUUAGAAGAUGAGUUUGAGACUGAGAGUGAGGAGGAAGGCAAGGAUGGCAGUGGAAGUGGGAGUGGGAGUGAGAGUGGCAGCGAAGAGGAGGAGGACUCGUCAGAAGAAGAAGAGUCGAGUAGCGAAGAGGAAGCACCAAAGAAGUUAUUACGACCAGUUUUCAUGAAGAAGAGCGAGCGGACAAAGGUCGCGGCACCCGUCAAAUCCGCAGACGAGAUUGCAGCAGAGGAGGAGACACAGCGACAAGAGCAGGCCCGAGCACUCGUACAGGAACAGGUCGAGCAGCGCAUAGCAGAAAAAGCAGCCGGCAAAAAGGACUGGGACGACGACGUCGAAGACGCCGAUAUCAACGCCAUUGACGACACCGACGGCCUCGAUCCUGAAGCCGAAUACGCGGCGUGGAAACUGCGCGAGCUCAAGCGCAUCAAGCGCGAGCGCCUCGCCAUCGAGGAAGCCGAAGCCGAACGCGCGGAAAUCGAGCGCCGCCGCAACCUGUCUGCCGCCGAGCGCGAGGCCGAAGACCGCGCCUUUAUCGAAAAACAGCAGGAGGAAAAGGGCGAGCGCGGCCAAAUGCAGUACAUGCAAAAGUACUUCCACAAGGGCGCCUUCUUCACCGACGAGCUGAAGGAACUCGGCGUCGACCGGCGCAAUCUCAUGAACGCGCGCUUUGAAGACCAGACCAAUAGAGAGGUACUGCCAGAGUACAUGCAGAUUAGAGAUAUGACCAAGCUGGGCAAGAAGGGGCGCACGCGCUACAGGGACAUGAAGAGCGAGGACACUGGCAAAUGGGGUGACUAUGGCGACGAUCGCCCGCGGCGCAGCAAAGCCGAUUUCGGCGUCGACGAGCGAUUCAGACCAGAUGCGUAUGGCGGAAGAGACAGAGACAGCAGAGAAGGAGCCACGGGCGCAAAUGCAAAGCCACUGGGUGAGCGAAAGAGAUUCGGCGACAGCGACAGCCGCGAACGCGAUGGCAAGCGGCCCAAGAUGGAGGAACAUGAGCGGGCAUGA